AUGGCGGCCCGGGGCCCGUGGCCGUUGGCGAUCCGGGAGGCCACGGCGCGGGCGUCGGGGGUGCAGUCCUCGCCGCAGAGGACGGGCACGCUGGCCAGCUCGAAGCUCUGCCACUGCUGGCUGAGGGAGGCGAAGCAGCGGGCGCACACCAGCGUGCUGCCCUCGGCCGAGAUGGGCUGCGCGCCGGGCGGGGGGCUGUGCAGGCACAGGAAGGGGAAGAAGGGCGCGCGCGCCGGCGACUCCUGCUUCUGCACGUGCACCCGGCGCCGCGUGGCCGGCGACAGCGGCGACCCGCAGAUCGGCUCCUGGCGCUCGUCCUCCUCGCUGGCCACGUGGACGUCACUGUCCUCGGAUGCGCCGCGCUCGCCCCGGGCCUCCCCCGGCGGCCGGGCCUCGGGGGUCCGGGAGGCGCCGCGGGCGGGGUCGGCGGCGGCGGCGGGGCCCGGCCAGGGCGGCUGGAGGCCCCUCAGGACGCUGGCGCGCGCCUCCGCCGCCCAGGGCCCGGCCCCCGCCUUCCUCCGGCGCCGGCCGCCCGUCUUGCGCUCGCCGUCCACGUGGAGCGGGGCGGGGGCGCCGUCGCCCCCCGGCUGCGGGCCGCGCCCCCCGGGCCCCGGCGCGUCGUCCCGGCGGGGGCUGGCGGCGGCGCGCGCGGCCGGCUCGUUGUCCGACAGCUCGGACAGCUCCGAGUCCCGCGCGUCGUCGGGGCCGGCGCGGGGCCCGGCGCCGCCGUCGCCGUCGUCGCCGCCGCCGCCGUCGUCGUCGUCGUCGCCGUCGUCGCCCGCGCCGCCCAGCGCGUAG